CUUCUUCUUCUUUCUUCUUCUUCUUCUACUGUCUGCUAUCAGACUCACAGCUGACAUCAACUGAAAAAUAUAAUAUACAUGUUUUUCUUUAGCAAAUAAUUUCAUCAUUUCCAUGUUUAUCUAAAAAGUUUGAUAUUGAGAAUAAUUCGAUUUUCAAAAUUUCACAUAAUAUUCAAGUGUCUUGACUUGAAAAAAGUGAGUUUGCCACACUGUCAAUUUGCCAGCUUGUCCAACUUCCUUUCCUCGCACCGGCCCGGCUCUUGCUCGAUCUCUUUCUCUUGGAAGAAGCCUUCUGUACUGCAUGGUUUUGUGCACAAUAUUAGCAUUAUUUUCUUAUUUUUCUAAAGCAAUGGCUGCUAACAAAGAACGUACUUUUUUGAUGGUGAAGCCUGAUGGCGUUCAACGUGGCCUUGUUGGAAAAAUUAUCAAGAGAUUCGAGAGUAAAGGAUUCAAACUAGUCGGUUUGAAAUUCAUGUGGGCUGAUGAGACCCUUCUUCAAAACCACUAUGCAGACCUGAAGGGCCGUCCAUUCUUCCCCGGUCUUAUCAAAUACAUGGGCUCUGGUCCAGUUGUACCCAUGGUUUGGGAAGGUUUGAACGUUGUGAAGACCGGAAGAGUUAUGCUUGGCGCCACAGAUCCCAAGGAUUCCAGCCCUGGAACAAUUCGUGGUGAUCUUUGCGUCCAAGUUGGAAGGAACAUAAUCCACGGAUCAGACAGCGUUGAAUCUGCCAACAAGGAGAUCGACCUCUGGUUCACCAAACAGGAGCUGGUCUCAUGGAAGCCCAACUCGUCGUCUUGGAUCUAUGAAGAUGACGAAUAAGCAAUAUUUUCGGUGUGGCAAGUUGAAGAACUAAAAGUGCAGAUGUAUCAGUAUGUCAUUUGAAUAUGUUUUUAAUAGUUUUGUUUCGGAAAGCCCCAACUUUCCAUUUUUUACCGCAGUAUUGACGUGAAUUCCAGUUACAGUAACUUCAAAUGUGUAGACUGUAAGUAACAAUUUAUUACAACACCUAUAGUAAUAGCGGUGAAGGCGUAGAAGCGUAGAAUCAAGUGCUGCAUUUUUACACCUAUCAUUCAUUUUUAUAUUGAUGCAUUUUUUUUCUUUAAAAUGUUAAGAAGACCUAUAAUCUAUUAAGAGAUUAGUUUUAUUAUUGAGUGCCUGAACAUAUUUGAACUGACAAUACUAUUGUUGAUUGUUUUAAUUGCUGGAGAAAAUAAAAUGUAUGAAUGAUUAAA